AUGUCGAUCACCGUUGACAGAAUUCUUGCGGCAUCCCCGAACACAGAGCGUGGCCGACCGACUCAACUCAGCGCUGAUCCGUCAGGAGAAAGAAUUGCAUAUGCAUCUGGAAAAUCCAUCUUUUUGAGAUCUAUCGACGAUCCAUCAAUAAGCAAACAAUACACCGCCCACACCACACAGACAUCCGUUGCGCGCUUCUCGCCCUCCGGCUUCUAUGUUGCUUCUGGAGAUGUUUCUGGUACGGUAAAGGUUUGGGAUGCUGUGGAGGGUGUCAAUACAAAAGGCGAUUACCACAUUAUAUCUGGCAGAAUUAACGACAUUGCCUGGGAUGGAGACUCUCAGCGCAUUAUCGCUGUUGGUGAUGGACGAGAACGAUUUGGUCACUGCAUAACUGCGGACAGUGGAAAUAGUGUGGGCGAAGUCAGCGGACACUCUUCAGCUAUCAAUUCAGUUUCCAUUCGCCAGCAACGUCCCCUUCGAGCUGCUACUGGAGCUGACGACAGCAGCAUGGUCUUCUUGCACGGCGCACCAUUCAAAUUCGCCACCAAGCUCGGAGGUUUUCAUAAAGGGUAUGUCUAUGGAGUAGGAUUCUCGCCGGAUGGGAAUCAUCUUGUUAGCGUAGGGGGCGAUCGUAGGAUCCAGCUUUACGAUGGCAAGACAGGAGAAGCUACCAUACAGAUCGGCGAGGGCGAACACACAGGUUCCAUAUUUGCUGUUUCGUGGGCUAAGGACUCGAAACGUGUCGUCACAGCGAGUGCAGAUCAGACGGUUAAGCUGUGGGAUGUGGAAGCUGGCAAGGCUGUCCAAACUUGGCGAUUUGGAGAAGGAAACGUCAGUAUUCCGGAUCACCAAGUUGGUGUUGUCUGGCCUACUGGACGAAGUGACGGUAUGGUUGUCAGUUUGAACUUAGUCGGUGACCUCAACUAUCUCGUUGAAGGCAGUCGAACGCCUACCAGAGUUGUUCAAGGCCAUAACAAGAGUAUAACUGCGCUCGGCUCGAGGCAAGACACAAAAGGACAGACUUUCUGGACGGGGAGUUUCGAUGGCCGAGUUUGUUCCUGGGACGCAGAAUCGGGUAUCGGUUCAGCCGUCGAUGGGGAGACGCACAAGAACCAAGUCACCGCUUUCCAGACCACAUCUGAGAGAGCUUACAGCGUUGGCUGGGAUGACACUCUGAGGAUUGCGGAUUCAAGUGGAAAAACAUUCCUUGGAGAGAGUUCGAAGUUAUCGGCCCAGCCUAAGGGAAUAGCUUCAGCAGAUGGCCGCCUAUUUGUUGCCACGGCCAAGGGUGUCGACAUUUUUGCGAAAGAUACACUUGUGGGCAACGUGCCCGCUAAGAAUGAAACUCCUACUGCGAUUGCAGCUUCAGGAUCGCUCGUCGCAGUUGGUGACGAUGCGAAUGUCGUGCAGAUUUAUACCGUGGAUGGAAACAACAAGCUAACGGCAACGGAGAAGCUUACACGGUCAACGGCACAGAUCACAGCAUUGGAAUUCUCACCAGACGGAUCGCUCCUGGCCGUCGGAAACUCAUCAGGAAAAAUCGUCGUGUAUGAGACCAGUUCUUGGGAUGUCAAGACAGACAGAUGGUCUGCUCACACCGCGAGAAUUACAAGUAUUGCAUGGAACUCUACAGGCAAUUGUGCCGCGAGUGGUGGGUUGGACACCAAUGUCUUCAUUUGGAGCCUCGCGGCUCCGGGUAAGAGAGUGAAGGCUGCGAAUGCGCACAAAGAUGGUGUGAAUGGUGUCGCGUGGCUUGACGGUGGGAAGAAGAUUGCAAGUACUGGUGGAGAUGCUGCUUUGAAGAUCUGGACUGUUUCGGGGGUUGAGUAG